UCCAGUUGUUCGCCGAUAAGGCCCUCCCCUCCUUUGCCCUGCCCCUGCCAUGCCUUGCCCUGCCUGCAUCCCUGCAUCCCUGCAUCCCUGACCGAGCUCCUCCUCGCCUCGUCUCCGCUCUCUUCCGUUGCCCUCCCUCUCCUCCGAGGCCAGUCCAGUCCCACUCUCCACUACUGUAUAAUUAUUGUUCACUCGCGCUCACUGUCCUGUACCGCUGUCAUAGCAGAGCUUUAGACUGCGAGCUCAGCUCGUCAGGGAUCACCUUCAGUGCGCGUCUCACCUCCUCUCAUUUAUCAGAUACUUUCCUCCAUCCCCUCGCGUGGCUGCUUCACUCUCUCUCUCUCUCUCGGACUCGGGGCCGGUAUCCUGGUCUAAACCCCUACAGGAGGCUCAUUCUAUUUCUCCCCCUUCCGAUAUUACUCCACAGUACUCGCGGUUCCCCCCAGAAGGAAGGGGCGAACGCGUUUCUGCUCUCACACAGACGCACUCUCUUCCCCCUCUCCCGUCGACCUGCAUUGCGCCCGUGUAUCAUCACGCAUUGGGGCUGUCGAUGUCAGGGAGCUGAAUGCUGGACUGGGAACGCGCGAGGUAGAGUUUUCUACCUUAGCUGCUGCUGCUGCUGCUGCUGCGGCUGAUAGAAACGCAGGAAUCGGCGAUGGCUGCAGCACGGCCGAGAGGCAACAUUGUGGCUUGGUUGCUGCUGGCAGUGCUGGUGGCUGCUCCCCUCGUCCUCACCCAGGAGGUCGACACCUCCGGCACUUUCCCCAAGCCUUAUGCUACUUCUACGCCUAAAACGUUUGCAGACUUCUCAUCGGAGUUCACAGUGUUCUGGGGUCCCGAGCACAUUUCUACGACUCCCGAUGGACAAAUGCUGGAUCUGACGCUGACCAAUAUCUCUGGAGCUGGAUUCAAUUCCAAGAGAACUUUCAUCUAUGGCAGGAUUAAUAUGAAUCUGAAGCUCAUCGGGGGAGACUCUUCAGGAACUGUCACCACUUAUUAUUUGACCUCUUUCGGGGACCAUCACGACGAGCUCGAUUUCGAAUUUUUGGGGAACCAAACCGGGGAACCCUACAUUCUUCAAACCAAUGUGUUCGCCAACGGGAAAGGAGAGCGAGAGCAGAGGAUCUUUCUGUGGUUCGAUCCGUCCUCCGACUUCCAUUCCUACUCAGUUCUGUGGAACAAAAAGCAGAUUGUGUUCAUGGUAGACGGAGUCCCAAUCAGGGUGUUCAAGAACAACGAGGCCCUGGGCGUGCCAUACUUGAACAAGCAGCCGAUGGGAGUGUACUCGAGUCUGUGGAAUGGAGAUUCAUGGGCUACACAGGGAGGUCUAAUCAAGGUGAAUUGGACCCUGGCCCCGUUCGUGGCUACAUUCCAAAACUACAACUACGAUGCGUGCGAGUGGCUGACCAACACCACGGUUCCAGCUUGCGCCGACCCGGCUGCCGUGAACUGGUGGGAUGCCGAGUCUUACUCUGAGCUGAGCCAGGUCCAGGCCAACGAGCUGAGGAAGGUGCAGCAAUACUACAUGGUCUACGACUACUGCACUGACAGCGAGCGAUUCCCCGUGCAGCCAGUGGAAUGCGCCUCCAACCUAUGACUAUCUAUGGUCACCCCCAGCCCUUCCAGUGGCUCCAAUGCUGGAGGCUGGGGCCUCGGCCUCCUCAUGGCUGCCAUUGUGGCAGCAUACUUGGGUUAAGCUCUGGGUGAGGAGGGAGGGAGAGUGUGAGGGAGAGAGAGGGUUUGUGUGUGUGACCACCUGUGUGGGAACUCCCUGGAUUUCACGACGCUAUGAGACACGGAAGGAAGGCUUGAAUCGCAAAUCGCAGGUGUCUUUUUUUUCAAUAUUUGCAGACGAGAGGGACGAUUUCCUGCUGCACGAGAGGCAGCUCCCGGAGUGGCAGGCCGGGAGCCGUCUAGUGGCACUUGUGCAGAGAAGAGGGCGCGCACUGGUUUGAUUGAUUCAUUCGUCGGUCGAUCGAUCGAUGGAUGCGAGACGACGUGCAGAGGGUGACGUUGUUCGAUUCAUUCAGGUCUGCCAUCAAUCGAAUCAUCCGCCGGCCCCCGAGUACGCGCCGCCGGGCAGGGGAUCCGGGACAGAGAUUUCCACCACGCCGCAGGGUCUGCCUGAUCCGCGGUGUACAGAUCGACGAUGCGGCGGCGGAAUGGAUUGGCAACUCCACCACCAGCAUUCGGACUUGCUCUGAAAGCUCAGUGCACUGCCGUCGUCAAGGGAACAGGAGUGACGAUCUUCUACUUAUUCUACUAUAGUCUUAUUCUUGAGUAUACUUGUGAUUUUCUUCGCUAUGCAAUCGACUUCAGUCGUCCUCGCAAACGCCGACUGUGCGAAUCGGGGCCGUGGCUCACUCGCUCGUCACACGAUCUGAGCAUCCAGCGCUCUUUUCUUCGAGAGGUUGCUGCUGCCAUUGCUGACUACGACGAGCAGUGAGAACCCGUCUCGUCUCUGUCGGCUCUGUGUGUUCCCCUGAGGGAACUGUCCCCUGGAAUCAAACCCGAACUGGCGUCAGAUCUGGUCGGUCGGGUCGGAUCGGGUCCAUGGGUUCGGACUGUUCAGGAUUGCGGAGACCUUAGUCGCCGUCUGGAGAAUUGUAUGUAGGCUUCCAUGAUCCCAUGCUGCGACUGCUGCUGGACCGCAGGAUUGAGAGAGGAAGUUGUUCGGUUUUGCAUUACCGUGUAGAGGUUAGAGGUGGAGAGAGAGAGAGAGAGAGAGAGGGAGAGCUAGAUAGAGUGAGAGAUAAAGUGAGAGAGAGAUUGAGAGAUGGAGAGGAGAGGGAGUAAGAAGUUGAUAUGAUGAUGAUGACUGAGUUUCAGUUGGGCGAUGGGCCUGGCAUGUGACAGUAUUCAUGAAAUCCGGGGCCGGAAUCUGCUCUAUUAAGUGGAUGGCGGCCGGUACGACGAAGAAGAGGUUCCGUGUUGUUUAUUGAACAAUUGCCACUGCACUUAUUUAAAUUUGGGUCCUGGACCCUAUUCUUAUGUCCUGUAUGCAAUAAAAAAAGGCAGGGGCCUCGUGACCUUCAUAACGAAUGUUCCGAAGUUCCUCCACGCUAAUCUCAA